GUUUACCGGACGCUACGCUAGCGUUAGCCUUCCCUUCCCUUCCUUCGAGCCAAGACAUUCUAGCCUCUCCAAGCAUCCAAGCAUCUAAGCAACAGCCAAGCAUCCACUUUUACUCCCACCACAACCGCAUCCGCAUUUGCAUCUGCAUCCAAGUAUCCACAUAAGUAUAAACUUUGGACGACAAUCCUCACCACGCGCGCUCUCACACUCACCACCUCACCACGCCUUCGUCGUACAUCACUCCCCGACAGAUCCUUCCUCCUUCCCCGGACUCAUAAGGGCUUGAUAAGCACCCUCUUGUGCUCUCAAAGCCUUUGUUCAUACCUACGACAGAUCUUCCCAAGAUCCUCCUAGAUCUAUACCAGGACCCCUCGACGCAGGAUAACCAUGGACUAUCCGUAUUUCACCGCAGCCCCGCAGCCGACUUACUUCCUUCAAGGACUGCCUCCAACUCCAGCCCACACCGGAUCCGCCAACUCAGAUGAUUACAGCAACUCUCCUCCUGUUCGUGAUCAAUUUCAUAAGAUAGAGUCCUACUCACAGUCCCUCCUGACCCCCAGACAGGAUGCGUUCGACUCCUCCUACAACUUUGACCCCACUCAUUACUUCAAUGGCAAUGGCAAUGGCAAUGCUAUCCCGGCGAAUAAGCCACCGACGCCCAUCUCGACACAUAAGGGAUCCAUUGGCAGUGCGGCACAUCACACCUACGAGGUCAACAAUGUCGAGGCGAGCAAUAACACGAACCAGCAAGGAAGUAACAGCGACGAUGAUGAUAACAUGACACCUGCGCAAUCCCGUCGCAAGGCUCAAAAUCGUGCAGCCCAACGAGCAUUUCGCGAACGCAAAGAACGCCAUGUCAAGGAUCUCGAAGCCAAGCUCGAAGCACUGGAAAAGAACAAUGCCUCCGUUGCAGAAGAGAAUGAACGACUCAAGCUCCAGCUCCAGAAAGCGGCCACCGAGAACGAAAUCCUGAAAGCUACAUCUGCACACAACAACCACCGAGGUGGCUCAGAGCCUUUGCCGAAUGCGGGACCGAUGCGUUAUUCUCCGACGGAUUUCUACACCGAAGUGUUACACGCACACGAGAACAAGACCCCAAGCCAUCGAAUCGUAACCAGCGAUACGGGCGAGAGAUUGUUGGCAGCUGGUGCAACGUGGGACUAUAUCAUCAAGCAUCCACUAUAUAUCAGAGGACUGGUCGAUGUUGGGGAUGUCAGCGAGAGGUUGAAGAAAGUUGCCAAGUGUGACGGCCAAGGACCAGUGUUCGAGGAGCGAGAUAUCAUCAGUGCAAUUGAGAAGAGCAUUGCAAGUGGUAACGACGAGUUGUUGUGACGAUACUCUAUGUUCAGACGAUACGAAGCAUUUAAGGGCGGAUACCUAUGGUGUUUGGGACAAGGAGCGGAAAAUUAUGGGAUGCACAUUUCUUGGGGUUGUGGGUGUUUUGGUUCUUUGCUUUUUACUGUACUAGGGACGCUACGUGGUGUUUUUCUUUUUUUCAACGUCUCGGUGGUCUAUUGCAAAGUUGAUGUACCAGCGAUAUAUGGACUACUCAAGUGUUCUUUUCGGCUUAGUUGCCUCAUACUAUAUACUGCCGUUCCAGAUAUCUAGGAAUCUAUAUUGUUUGUAUAAAUAUAUAUUGAUCCUGCAUACAAAAUUCGUCUAAGCAAGC